AAAGCAAAGAAAACGCGGGCCACCCCACGGACGGAAAGAAAAUGGGCGCGAACUUGCUGGAGCUGGUUGGUACGAUCGUGGUGCCGGUGGUUGUGAUCUGCUUCGUUUGUAUCGUUACGUUCGUGAAUCUGUACUUAAACAUUAGGAGACGCUUCCCGGCGAAAGUUAAUUGCUGGUUUUGUAAUCAUGACACGCGCGUACCCUAUGACCAGUCCAAUGCGUUCGUUUGUCCGGCGUGCAAGCAGUACAAUGGGUUUACUGCCGAUGGAGACUACAAUCGGGAAAUACCGGAACAGUAUCAGCAGCGGUUAAACAACUAUUACUACCAUCAUCCAUCGAACGUUACGGAUGACGAUAAGUGGGACAGUUCUACGAUACGAUCGUCAGGUAGCAAUGGGCGUGUGGCAAUCACCAGCAACGGGCUGUGUUUCGGGUGCAAUCGCAAUCAGGAGUUGAAAAUACAUCAGUUAGCAUCGUUUGUGCCGGAAGAUGAGGAUAAUUACGAGAUGGAAGUAGAGGAGUAUCGCAAACAGCUCGAACAAGCGUACAAACUGUGCGGAAGAUGCGAACGCGUGCUGAAGCGCACGCUGAACGAUGUGAAACGGAACAUACUCGGCUCGAAGCUGGCACAGAUCGGCAGUAAAAGUAUGGACGUACUCGAUAUGCACAUACGGGCGUCCAGCAAGCAGCAAGCUCAUCUGAAGCGAAUGCGUUGGGCAAAGGUGUGCAUCUGGGCCAUUACCGCGCUGCUGCUAGUGAAGCUACAGCAAGACUUUGUCGAUUCACAGUGGACCACAGCCGAUCUGAUGUUGCUGUGUCCAGCACCGUUACUUUCCGGCAUCACUAUAGUACUAUCGUACGCCCUUGCCAUGCGCGAGCUGUUUUACCAACAGUUUGAUAAGCUACUUUCCGAACCGAGCGUGCAGCAAACGACGGAUCGUAUUGAAGCGAUUGGGUAUGAACUAUUUCUCCAGUACGUUCCGGCAUCGGUAGUACAGACAUCCGCCCAAUACUAUGAAACCAUAUCGGCCCAAGUGCCAAACGAAAGCAACUCUUCAUUACUACUGAAUGUAGCCAUUGUAGCGCUGGCCGCAUUGCUUGCUUCCCUCGGCAACCAACGGACCAUUAUUAAGCAAUCGCUCAUCGUGACACUUUGUCUGGUGGAUUGUGGGCUAAAGUACGCUCAAGUACAGGAUGCAUCGUUAGCAGCGCUGAUGCUUACCUCCGGAGCACUCGUCCUAUCGCUCAGCAGCAUCGGACAGCGGCUUAUUAAAAGCGACGUACCGGCUGGUAAUCUUAAUUCUAGCUUUCACAAAAUCUACUCCCAGCAAUGCAAGGAAAGCGACUAUUCGGAUGUGGACGUUGGUAACGAGGACGAGCCGGUACGGACGAAAUCGAUUCGAACGGAACAAUCUGCGUUCGGAGGCAGCAACAAAAGUCCACCCGUUUGCCGUCGUCCUGUGACACGUGAUCAGUGUUGCGAUGUGAGCGGAAAAUCACUCGAUACGACAAAAUCGGGCAGUCCUUCUACCUUUUCACUAUCGCCAACGAAUCCAUUUCUGAUGGGCGAUGAUUCCCCGCCGAUGGGAUUUAACAAAAUUAGUGGCUCUUUGUUUAACGUCGCUGCUAGUAGUAUUAAUGAUCGGUCCAGCGAUGGAAUCAUCGAAAAAAGAUCAUUAUUUAAUGGCAAACAAUACAUCACACCGAACGCUUCGGCCCAAUCACUACUAAAAACCCCUUCCUUCUCGGUGGACAACUUUCAAACAGUAACGCACGGAUUGGCAAACCACCGACGGCAGAACCCACGUCGAUCUGGACCAGCCGCUGCAACGGGUUCCGGCAGUCAGCGUCAUUUGAACCAAUUUUGCUACUCAAUGAGCACAAUCAAUCAGGAGACGGAAGAUGACGGCCGGUCAUUUCGUGAGGAAGACGACUUAGUUCCACCACUAAUCGAGGAUGAUAUCGAUCGGCUCUCGAUCAGUGGACGCGUUUCGUUAAACGCAUCCUCCGGCAGUAUGCUCCGUGGUUCUCGCAUGUCACUUGCCGGUAGCGGGAGCGUAAAUCCAUUUGCGAAAAAAUCCCACCCAGAACCGGAGUACGAUGAGCUGGUGGGAAUACGUCCCGCCCGCAUCUUCCGAGCACCGGAACCAUCGUCCAAAGGCUUCGCAAAAGACAUACUGUGGACGGGUGGCGGUCAGCUAACGCACAUGUCCCGCACUUCCUCACAAAGCUCCGGCUUCGAAUCGCAAACCGGAACCACACGCCGUAACACACCGACAGAGGUGGACAUUAUCGGUGGAGAAGGUUCGCAACACAUGCACGCUUCGAUGGUACGAAGCGAACAACCCUCACCGGUCCCAUCGUCCGCCUCAGUGUUCGAGUGGAACAGAGCCGCCACCAGUACCUCGCAACGGCGCUCACUAUUUAGCGAGCAAAACCUUUUCAACAGUGCCCUGCAACAGCAACAAGCGAUUCCCCUGGACAGCGGUAAAACUGCAAAAUCGCCCACCUUUACGACGGAAGGAUCGGGCUUGUUUUUCCCCAAGCUGGGCCGCACCUCGACCACCAACAGCAAUGGUGGAUCCAUUUUCUCAACCAACGGGUCAACUCUUACAACAGCACGACACAUUUUCCCACCCCAACAGUCACAGACACCGUCGUACUAUCAUCAUCAAUUUAACAGCCAUAUUCCUGCCGUAGGGAGCAACACUGCCAGCAAAGCACCGUCAACGGCAUCACUAGCCGGGACUAGCUUCUAUACCUCAGCAAACAACAAACCUACUGCCAGCGGCCGAACCAGUCUGCUGAACGUUAGCAAAUUUACAAACGAACUUAGCAACGGAACACUGCCCACUGCCUAA